AUGCUCCGGCUUAUUUCCAGGGCCCUUUCAUUCUUCAGGAGGAAAGCGGAGCCUGAGAUGGAGAGGGAACAGCAUCUGAGGCUCUUGGACGGUGACACCAGGUUAAAAACUGUGCAGGGAGUUGUGACACGUCUCUGCAGUGAUUAUGGCAUGAUCGAUGAGUUGAUCUACUUCAGUAGUGAUGCUGUGAUGGGCAAUGUAUUGCUGAAAGUUGGACAAAAAGUGACUGCAAUAGUGGAAGAAGAUGAAACAGCUUGCGGAUUGAAAGCAGUCAAAGUGGAUGCUCUCUGUGAUAAUUUUCAUGGUGAUGGACCAUCAGACUCCCAUACAAGAACUACAUUUGGCUGUAUUACCUCUCUAACGGAUAGUGCUUACAACAUUAAUCACACAAGUUACUUCUCUCUAGAUGUUGUUUGUAAAGGUUUUGAGCCUUAUCCAGGUGACCGGAUAGAAGUUGAGUUUUCCAUCCACCCAGAAACGCAGAGCAGAAGGGCCCUCUCCGUGAAGCCUCUGAGACACCAGCAUGUGUAUGAGGUCUGCAUUACCAGCAUACAUGGAAGAAGCGGGGUGGUAGAUAAUAAUAUCUUUUUCACCUUGGAUUCUCUGAAACUGCCCGAUGGAUAUGUACCUCGAAGAUAUGACAUCGUCAAUGCAGUCAUAGUGGAAAGCGUUCAGGCCUGCUAUAUGUGGAGAGCAAUUGCUAUAACCCCAGUGCACAGACUGUGA